AUGGCUGUUUUCUCUCUCCGAUUCAUGCUUUUCUCUUCUCUGCUUCUUAAUUUUCUGCUCAACCUCGCUUCUCUAUCCGAUGCAAAACAGAGCUUCCGCCCCAAGGCCCUCGUCCUUCCCAUCUCCAAAGAUGCUUCCACACUACAAUACCUCACCACUAUCAAUCAGAGGACUCCACGCGUGUCCCUCAAUGUCGUCCUCGAUUUGGGAGGUCAGUCUCUAUGGGUUGAUUGCGAGCAAGGCUACAACUCAUCCUCCUAUCGCCCCGCCCGUUGCCACUCUUCCCGGUGUUCCCUCGCUAAGUCCAACUCCUGCAGCGGUACCAACACAUGCGGUGUCAUCGUAGACAACACCGUCACUGGCACUGCCACCACCGGAGAUCUCGGUGAUGACGUGGUUUCCAUCCAAUCCCCCGAUGGAUCCAACCCUGGUCGUGUCGUCACCGUAUCUCACUUCCUCUUCGCCUGCGCUCCUACCUUCAUCUUAAAGGGCCUAGCCAGCACCGCCAAGGGAAUGGCCGGACUCGGUCGCACCCGCAUCUCAUUGCCAUCUCAGUUCUCUGCAGCUUUUAGCUUCCACAAGAAAUUCGCAAUCUGCCUCUCCUCUUCCACCUCCGCCUCAUACAACGGUGUCUUAUUCUUCGGUGCUGGACCUUACAAAUUCCUCCCCAACGUCGAUGUCUCCACAAAUAAUCUCGUAUACACCAAGCUCUACAUCAACCCCGUCAGCACCGCAUCGGCUUACACAUCUGGUGAUGCUUCUUCGGAGUACUUCAUCGGAGUCAAGUCCAUCAAAGUCCAAGACAAGGCCGUCUCGUUGAACACGUCCUUGCUUUCCAUCCAAAGUAGCACAGGCUACGGUGGGACCAAGAUUAGUACCGUCGACCCAUACACGGUGAUGGAGACAUCCAUUUACAAGGCCGUAACCAAAGCUUUCAUCAAGGCGGCUGCGUCCAGGAAUAUUACCAGGGUAGGGGCUGUGUCACCUUUUGGGGUGUGCUUCGACCUCAAGACCGUCCAUGGAACCCGACUAGGAGCUUCGGUGCCGACGAUCGAUUUGGUGAUGGAGAGCGAGAGUGUGAAAUGGAGUAUAUACGGAGCAAACUCGAUGGUGCAGGUGAACAACGAAGUGAUCUGUCUUGGGUUCCUGGACGGAGGUUCAAACCCAAGGACAUCUAUAGUGAUAGGUGGGUAUCAGCUGGAGGAUAACCUGCUACAGUUCGAUCUGGCCAAUUCCAAGCUUGGGUUUAGUUAUUCUUUACUCGGCUAUCAAACCACUUGUUCCAAUUUCAACUUCACUUCCACUGCUUAAUUAAUUGAACUACU